CGUAAAGAGAGGAGGGCGCCAAAACAAUCCAAAAGGCGGCACAGAGCGGAGGGAGAAAAAAAAAAAAAGAAUUGGUGGCCGGCCAUGUGACUUCCCUGAUCUCACCCGACCCGCCCAUUUCUCUCUCUAAAGAGCUAAAACCCUCUCUUUCUCUCUAGAAACCUCUUCCAUUCCUCUUCAUUUACCUUUUCUCCAUGUCUUCUUCUUCUUCAAGUAGGCCCCACCGGUCCUCGACUAUCUCGCCUUUCCGCUCCCGCAAGUCUCCGGCUCAGCCGCCUCCGCCUCCGAAAUCGACGGGGCGACCGUCAACUCCUCUUUCAGCUACAACAACUUCUUCUAGGCCUCCCUCGAGACUCUCCAACUCUCCCGUCACUACUACUCCGUCGACGUCCGUCCAUGGCGGAGUAGGAGCUGUACUGGACCGUCCUGAAAGCAGCAACAAAUCUAAAGAGAAUGUGACGGUCACUGUUAGGUUCCGUCCUCUCAGUGCAAGGGAGAUUAAUAAAGGAGACGAGAUAGCUUGGUAUGCAGAUGGCAAUUAUACUCUGAGAAACGAAUAUAAUCCUUCUAUUGCUUACGGUUAUGAUCGAGUGUUUGGACCUGCAACAACAACUCGCCAUGUUUAUGAUGUUGCUGCCCAGCAUGUUGUUAGUGGUGCCAUGCAAGGGAUCAAUGGUACAGUGUUUGCAUAUGGUGUCACCAGUAGUGGGAAGACUCACACAAUGCAUGGGGAACAAAAGUCACCUGGAGUCAUUCCAUUGGCAGUGAAAGAUGUUUUUGGAAUUAUACAAGAGACCCCUGGACGGGAAUUUCUUCUUCGUGUUUCAUACUUAGAAAUCUACAAUGAGGUCAUUAAUGAUCUGCUUGAUCCAACGGGGCAAAACCUGAGAAUACGAGAGGAUCCACAGGGAACUUAUGUUGAGGGAAUCAAAGAGGAAGUUGUUUUGUCACCAGCUCAUGCUCUUUCUCUAAUAGCAUCUGGAGAAGAGCAUAGGCAUGUGGGUUCUAAUAACUUCAAUCUUCUUAGCAGUCGGAGCCACACAAUAUUCACCUUGACUAUUGAAAGCAGUCCGCGUGGAGAAAAUGAAGGAGAAGAAGUUACUUUGUCUCAAUUGAAUUUAAUUGACCUCGCAGGAUCUGAAAGCUCAAAAACUGAAACAACAGGACUGCGGAGAAAAGAGGGUUCUUACAUAAAUAAAAGCUUACUCACUCUUGGCACUGUAAUUUCUAAACUAACUGAUGAAAAAUCAACACAUGUUCCUUACCGGGAUUCAAAACUCACACGUUUAUUGCAGUCAUCCCUCAGUGGCCACGGGCGAAUCUCUCUUAUUUGCACUGUGACACCUGCCUCAAGCAAUAGUGAAGAGACACACAACACAUUGAAGUUUGCACAUAGAAGCAAGCAUGUCGAAAUCAAGGCUUCCCAGAAUAAGAUUAUUGAUGAGAAGUCUCUCAUAAAGAAGUACCAGAAGGAAAUUUCCUGCUUAAAAGAAGAGCUUCAGCAAUUGAAGCGUGGGAUUAUGGAAAAUCCUCAUAUGCCUGCAUCUUCCCAAGAAGAUCUGGUUACUUUGAAGCUUCAGCUGGAAGCUGGUAAGGUCAAAUUACAGUCAAGAUUGGAAGAAGAGGAACAGGCUAAGGCAGCAUUGAUGGGAAGAAUUCAGCGGUUGACUAAACUUAUAUUGGUAUCCACCAAGAAUUCCAUGCAACCAAACCUUCCAGAGCGCGCUGGUCAUAGGCGAAGGCAUUCCUUUGGGGAAGAUGAGCUAGUGUAUCUGCCAGAUAGAAAACGCGAAUACAUGGCUGAAGAAGAUGCUGCAAGCUGUGCUUCUGAGCUUUCAACCGACACUCGAGAUGAUAUCAACAAUCUAGAUGACCUGGUGAAAGAUUACAGAAGUAACAGGAAGCAUGGGAUGCUUGGCUGGUUUAAGCUAAGGAAACCUGAGAAUCUGAUGAGGUCAUCGCCAAGUAUUGAUAGUGAAAGCUCUGCAAGUGGAUCACCUGCAUCUAGUUCUAGAUCAUCACAAAACAGAGUCAUGUUUAGUGAUAUGAAGGAUGGACGGAAAAAAUCGGUCAGUAAAAGAGGAGAUGAUUUUAUGCUAAUUGACUCAUUUCCGAAGCGUACCCAAGCCGGUGACUUGUUCGGUGCAAGUGUUGGAAGUCAUCGAUUGCCUGCAACUGGGACCACAAUCACGGAUCAAAUUGAUCUGCUUCGUGAGCAGGUUAAAUUGUUAGCUGGAGAGGUGGCAUUGUGUAUUAGUUCUCUGAAGAGGCUGUCAGAACAAGCUGCUGCCAACCCUGAAGAUUCGCAAUUAAAGGAACAAAUAAGGAAAUUAAAAGAUGAAAUUAGUGAAAAGAAGCUUCAGAUGCGUGUCCUGGAGAAACGAAUGAUUGGUUCAGUUGAAAGAACACCUCAUAUAUCAAGCAGUAUUGAAGUGUCACAGGCCCUAUCCAAGCUUACUGCUCAGCUAAACGAAAAAACUUUUGAACUUGAGAUCAAGUCAGCAGAUAACAGGAUACUUCAGGAGCAACUACAAACGAAGCUAUCAGAAAAUGCUGAGAUGCAAGAGACAAUUCUUCUCCUGAGGCAGCAGCUGAAUUCGUUAUUGGGCAGCAGUCAACAAGAAAUUGCAACAUGUCCUGAAGAGGCACUUAGAAAGAACACAGAAGGGAGGAAUGAGAUUUUGCCAUGUGAAGAAAAGUCUAUUGAUGAAAAUACACCGAAAAGUGUCAUGAGCUUGAAUCGAAUAUUUUCGCUCGAGGAAUCCAGAGAAUGCAAUGACAAUGCUUAUUCCAAUUCUCAGAUUCUUUUUCAGGCUGCUGAGAUUGAGAAUCUGAAGCAGGAGAAAGAGAGAUUGAUUGAAGAAAAGGAUGGGCUUGAAACACAUUGUCAAAACCUGGCUGAGGAAGCAACGUAUGCAAAAGAACUGGCUGCAGCUGCAGCAGUUGAGCUCCGAAACUUAGCUGAAGAAGUAACCAAACUUUCUUAUGAAAAUGCAAAGCUUAGUGGUGAUCUGGCUUCUAUGAAAGAAGUUCAUUGCAGAUCUAAUUAUUGUCAGGGUACUGCUUCAUAUGGUUCCAAACAGAAUAACUCUAGCAAUGCUCGAUCAGAUGGUCGUGCAAAGAGACAAGAGGAUCUCUUGGUUGAGGAGUUACGGAAAGAACUAAAUGCAAGAUACCAAAGAGAAGCUGCACUUGAGGCUACACUAUCGGAGAGAGAGAAAAUAGAAAAUGACCUACUAGGAAGAUUUGAUGAAGCAAAGCGCCGCGAAGAAGAAUUGGAAAAUGAGCUUGCCAAUAUGUGGGUGCUAGUUGCAAAGAUGAGAAUGUCAGGUGUCACUGCGGAAGAAAUACCAUCUAAUGCGGCACAUGCAUUUCUGCCAUCUAAUGGUGAAAAUAUAGAUGGGAUAAGCACAGUAGAUGAGUUAAAAGUGCGCUAUCAGAAAGAAAAAAGAAGAUGCAGAGAGUUAGAAAGCCUAAUUUCUAGACUGAAGAGUGAAGAUAUUGAUGGUUUGGAUGUCACAGCUCUUGAGGAACUACAGAAUUUUCAUAUUGAAGCUAUAACAAAAAUUUCUCAUGCAAAGUGUGUUAAUCAGGCAUAGUAUUUCCAAGAUCUAUGAAUGGUGGAUUCUUCCAUAUUGAUGUUUCUGACUUUUGAGGUAUAAUCAAUUUGUACAGUGACAACAGCAAUCUUAAUCGUAACCGCAGUAGCAAUUUUUCUUCUAAUCAAGUUCCCAGCUAACUUGCAGAAGUGAGACAAGUCCUAUUUUCCAACAAUUAUUAGUACUAUAUAUGUGGGAUCAACCCAUUUACAUGUAUUAGAAAUGCUGCAAAACAAAGAACCAAAACAGUUCUAAUCCAUGCGACUGAACACUAUGUAUUUACUAUGUAUAGAGUUAUUAAGCUAUUGUUGCCUUCUA